ACCGCCCCCAGCGCGGCCCCCGCAGCCGCCCGCGAGUUACCGGAUUAAUCAUUGCGGAGACUCGGGACCGAAUUUACGGCGCGGGGCGGUCUUCGUCUCCGCGCCUCCUCUCGGCGCGAUCCUGCCUCCCGCCGCCUCUCUCCCGGCCGCCGAUCAAAAGCGCUGCAAGGAGCCGCGCGCGGCAGACGCCGGAGGAGGCCCGGCCCGAGCACCUCCUGGCCCAACUUUCCCUGCUUGUUGCGCGGAGCCCCGCGCCGCGAUGGGAACCGCGGGGCUGAGCAGCCGCUAAAGGGGCAGCGGCCGAGGAGCGCAGCUCGAAUCUCGCUCCGCGGGCAUGGAGGUGCAGCUGGGGAUCGGGCGCAUGUACCCGCGGCCGCCGGGACGGACCUUCCGCGGCGCCUUCCAGACGUUCUUCCAGAGCGUGUGCGAAGCUUUCCAGGCGCCGCGGGACGAGCCGGGCCCCGGCCUGCCCGCACCGGGAGCCCCGUGCCCGCAGAGCCCCCGCCCGCCGCCCGUCUCCUCACCCUCGUUCCUGCCGCUGCCCGAGCCCUGCGCCGCCGCCCGCCCGGCCAUGGGCUCGCCUUUCCCGUGCACCGGGGACCUGAAGGAGCUGCUGGGCGAGCCGGGAGCCCUGCCUCUUCUGCCUCCCGAGGCCGAGCCGGGGGCCGGGCGAGCCGAACCGGCGCCCAAGGAAGACUUUCUGGGCGACAGCGCCAAGGAGCUCUGCAAAGCCGUGUCAGUCUCCAUGGGACUGGCGGUGGAGGGGCUGGAAGCGCCCAGAGAGCCGCCGCCCCGCGAGGACUGCAUGUUCGCGCUACCCGGAGGGCCGCCCCGCGCCCCGCGUCCCGACGCCGCCGAACCUCCGGAGCAGCCCGCACCGGCCGCCUUCAAGAGCAGCGGCGCCGAGGCAGCCCUGGCCGUCGAAGUGCCAGCGGGGCUGCCGCUGUACCGUGUCUCCCCUCCGCCCGAGGAGCCUCCCGGCCGCGACUGCUUCGUCCUCCCGCCGCCCGCCCGUAUCAAGCUGGAGAGCCCCCCCGAGCCCGCGGCCAUCGGCUCCUGGGGCUCGCCGGUCCCCGCACCGCCGUGGCCCUCCUUCUUCGCCGACGAGGGUCAGCUGUACGGACCCUGCGCCGAGCCGCCCCCCGGAGCCUUCGGCUGCGUCCGCGCGGAAAACGCCGACUUUGCCGCCGAUGCGUGGUACCCGAUGGCUCGGGCGCCCUACUCCGCCCCCGGCUCCUGCAUCAAGAGCGAGCUGGGACCCUGGGCAGAGGGCUACGCCGGAGCCUACGGCGACGUCCGGCUGGAGGCUGGCCGGGAGCACAUCCUGCCCAUUGACUAUUACUUUCCACCUCAGAAGACGUGUCUGAUCUGUGGCGAUGAGGCAUCUGGGUGCCAUUAUGGAGCCCUCACCUGCGGGAGCUGCAAAGUGUUCUUCAAGCGGGCGGCUGAAGGUAAGCAGAAGUACCUGUGUGCUAGCCGGAACGACUGCACCAUCGACAAGUUCAGGAGGAAAAACUGCCCCUCCUGCCGACUGCGGAAGUGCUACGAGGCAGGGAUGACUCUUGGAGCCCGCAAAGUGAAGAAGCUGGGCAGCCUGAAGACACAAGACGAAGCUGAGGCAGCCAGCUCGUCCAGCCCCACGGAGGAGCAAGCACCUAAGAUGGCCAUGACACACAUUGGUGGCUUUGAAUGCCAGCCCAUCUUCCUCAACGUGUUGGAAGCCAUCGAGCCCGCUGUGGUGUGUGCUGGCCAUGACAACAGCCAGCCAGACUCUUUCUCCAACCUGCUGAGCAGCCUGAACGAGCUCGGAGAGAGGCAGCUGGUCUAUGUCGUCAAGUGGGCAAAGGCUUUGCCAGGAUUUCGCAAUUUGCAUGUGGAUGACCAGAUGUCCAUAAUCCAGUAUUCUUGGAUGGGUCUCAUGAUUUUUGCCAUGGGUUGGAGAUCUUUCACUAAUGUCAACUCCAGGAUGCUUUACUUUGCUCCAGAUUUGGUCUUCAAUGAGUACCGGAUGCACAAAUCCAGAAUGUACAGCCAAUGCAUCAGGAUGCGGCAGCUCUCACAGGAGUUUGGGUGGCUUCAGAUCACACCCCAGGAGUUUCUCUGCAUGAAGGCUCUGCUCUUCUUCAGUAUUAUUCCAGUGGAUGGCCUGAAGAACCAGAAGCUCUUUGAUGAACUUCGCAUGAACUACAUUAAGGAACUCGACCGGAUCAUUGCUUGCAAGAGGAAGAACCCCACCUCCUGCUCUCGACGAUUUUACCAGCUCACCAAGGUCCUGGACUCCGUGCAUCCUAUUGCCAAGGAUCUGCAUCAGUUUACAUUUGAUCUUUUAAUUAAGGCCCAUAUGGUGAGCGUGGACUAUCCGGAAAUGAUGGCUGAGAUCAUCUCUGUGCAGGUCCCCAAGAUCCUGUCUGGAAAAGUGAAACCCAUUUACUUCCAUGCUGAGUGAUCUUCUGGAGGGACUCCCCGUUGCAUCGCCUCCAUCUCAGCCACUUCUGCCUAUCGUUUCUGCACUACUGUACUGCAGUGCCUUGGGGAAUCCCCUCCAAAGAGAUGAUGUGCCGCCAGGCAGACAGUAGCAAACUCCUCCCUGCUGGGGUUCCUUCAAUUUCUCUUUUUCCUGUGGUACCUCUGACUGAAUGCCGGCCAGGGUCAGGACGUCCUGCCUGCAGCACCUGGGGGUGGUUGCUCCUUUGUUUUCUGCAGUGACUUUUAGUGCCCCGGGGCCAUGGGAGAAUGGGAGAUGUGCCACCAGCUCUUGUAUUUCUGUAAACCAAAACAAGGUGAGGCACAGGCUGACCCUCUAAGGUUGGGUGUGGGAACUUUUACAGGCCUCCUCUGGGACUUAUUAUGUGUAUUAUGGUGCUGGGAAGCAGAUGUGUUGAAUACUGCAGUAGAGCAACUGAGGGGAAGAGAUGAAUUGCAACCUGAUGAAUGAGAGAACCCCUCCACAGCUGGAAGACUCCUGGCAGUCACUGUGCAGGGCUGCUCAGCCCCAUGCUGCUUGGCUCCAUGCAUGGCUACUGGAAGGAGGAUGGGCUUUGGAAGGCUCCAUUGGUGAUGGCUGCUGCUUUCCCCCUGGGCACCUCUCCUGAGGUGAGCUGGAUAUUGCCCAUUCAGCAGUGCACUCUCAGCACACCCAUCCCCAUCCCAAACUGCUCGGACACAGCUGUGCCACCUCCACAAGUGCCUGACACCUCUUGGACCUCAGACCUCCCAGCAGCUGAACCCCUGCCUGCACUCCUCCUCUGCUCUGCACAUGCCAGGUGUCAGCACAGCUGGCAUCUCAGCUCUCUCACCUGUCUGCCAUCUGCCUGAGCUGCUCUCCGUGGCAGCAGAUGGGCUCCUCAGGAGCAAAGCAGCCAGGUCUGGCCCUGUGGGAUCUGUGACUGUGGUUGUUAGCCCUGACCUUGGGAGAUGGCUGCAAUGAUAACCUGUGGCGGUGGUGGCAUCAUCUUGUGCUCACGCAGAACUGUCAGGACAUGGAGUGAUGAGACAGCCAAUGUGGGUGCAUCAUUGGGAGUGAGAAACAUCAGUUUGAUUCUGAUGUCUUCUGCUGAUAUGGGAUGUGGGACAGACCUCAGCUUGCACCAAGAUCUGUCUGGCAGACUGUGCUCACAUGACACAGACACUGCUUUGCUCCUGCUGCUGCAGAGCUCUCCAUGUGAGAGGGAGUGGGGCAGGGACAGGUGUACUGUGCUCUGUGCCCCCUCAUAACCUCAAGCAGCUGUGCGCCAGAUGUCUUUAAAAACAAAGGCAUCUGGGUUCAGCCUGUUGGUUGCCACAUACACAGCCUCCCAUCUACUGUGCGGGUUCUCCUGCUUCUGGGACCUGUCCAGAGCUGAGCAUAACCUCCAGCUCUGCAGGCAAAGCCCAUGGGUACAGCCUGGUUCCUUGCAAGCUCUCAGCAGGAACAAGCAUUUAAUGUUACAGAUACUCUUCAGUCGUGCUAUAGGGUUUUCACUGAGGGAGGAGGUGGAGAAAACCAACUCAAAACUAUUGAACCAAUGCUCUCUCUGUACAGACGUUUGUAAUGAGAUCUCCUCUCCUGGUUUGUGUGGCUCUGUUUGUGCUCUUUCUCCUGAUAUCCCCCCAUGUAGGUGGGCACAACCUGCAGGUCCCGGUGUGCUCAGCAGUCCUCUAUUGCUGCACCUUCAGUGUCGGUAUGAUCUGUUCAUACACUGAGAUGAGUCAAUGGAAGGCCCUGCUGGUGUACCGUUCUGUUCUCGAAUGCUUUCUGUCUGUUAGCAGAAGAGAAUGAUGAAUAAUGGGCUUGGUAAUGCCUUGAUCUCUGUCAUCAACAGGAGGAUGUUUAUGAUUGUUCUAAAUAGCCUCUUCAUAUAGCUUUAUGUUUUGCAUAAGCUCGUGUCAGCACUGUUUCAUUAGUUAAUGAGUGUAAAUGCAUCCUGCUGGGUAUUUUUCUGCUGUGACAUGGGGAAGAAACCAGACUAAAUAGGGACUUGCAUACACCCACUUGCUGCUGCGAAGGAAGUGGGGCUGUGCAGCAGGCUGUGACCCCGGCUGUGUUCUGCUCUGUGCUCCCUGCUGCUCUGUGCUAUGAGGACUCUGCCAACAUGAACCCCAGUGUGUGUGCAGGGCCUGGGCUGUGCCCUGCAGCUGUUUCAAAGUGAAUUUCUGCAGUGCUUUGUCCCCACACUGGCUGUUUGUGAUGCUGGAGGAGGGAAAGCUGGGGGCAGUGGCACCCAAGCAUGCAUUUGCCAGGGGGAGAUUAACACGGUCUCUUGGUUUAUUUCCAUUGGCUGCUGCAGGAACUGGAAACAAACAAAAACCCACAAAAACAGUUUAAGAAAUACCAAAGUCCAGGUCCUGCCAUUUAUCUCUGUACUUUGUGUUUUCUUCUGCAUUUUCUUGUCUAUUUUUGCUUUAAUAAAGGGAAGAGAAUCUCACUAUCAUCCUCAUCCUGUUACAGUUGACCUGAGGGUCCCAGCUGAGCUUCCAUCCCAGUGCAGGUCCAGCUCAGACCCUGGGCUCCCUGGGAAGGCACAGUGCAGCUAAGGAGUAGCACAGCCCAGCACUGGUGUGACAUCACUGCUUGCACACUGGGAGGAGCCUUCUGCUCAGCUCUGGGAGGAAUGGAGCUAAGCCCAGGCAGUGAACAUCCUGCCCCAUGCAUGGGCAGGUGAACAGCAGCGGGUCAGUCCUGAGGAGCUGAGCUCUGUCAGAGCACAGAAUGGCUUUGCACCCUCCAGCUGGAGCAGUGCUGUUUGCCACAGCCACACAGCUGCCACUGCCGUGAGGAUCUCUCCUGAGAUGUUUUGGUAACAAACUAUAUGUUAAACAUAUGUGUACAUAUAUAUAGGCAUGGCCCCAUUUACACUGCUGAAGGUACCUGUUUUCUGUAAUGAGCUUUCUUUCUGACUGCACACUGGGUGCGCUUGGGUAUUCAUCUGGUGGUGAGGCAGCAUGUGCCAAUAGCAACAGAAGCUCUUGAUUUAUUUUGGGGGGGCUCUGCACUGCCCAGGUUUCUAAAGCCCAUCCUUGUGUAGCAUGGAUGCAGCACACUGGGGGUCCCAGUGUCAGCAUGCAGCUCUCCUUCCACUACUCUGGCCAAUAGGGUGGCAUCCAAGGGACAGCAGAACACCCUUUAUCUCUGCUCUCUUCAGCUGCACAAAACAUCUGUGCACUUCAGGGCAGGAUCCUGGGACUGUGUCUAUUUUCUCACCACUCUGAAGUAGAAAUAUGUUUUUACAAUGUCAUGACUGCUGGAAUGGCUCUGAUUCCUGCUGCCGGAUGGGAGCAGCCACAGCUGAGGUGCUGAUGCCAUCUGUCCCUGGGUGCUGGGAACAGUGCUAUGGGGCCAUCCAUCCUCAGCACAAGGCUGCAGAAAUGCUGUUCCAGUGCCACAUGUGGGGAAGGUGUGGGCCUCCAGAACAACAGCUCGGGCUCUGACCUGCCCACAGCUGUGUUUUGGCAUUGUGGCCGCUGCUUUGAGGAAGCAAGGAGGACUUCUGUUCAUUCCUAUUGAAAACAACAGGAAAACCUGCAUUUUUCGAUUCACAAAGUACAUAUCUGCACCAAACAUAAAACCACAGUAAAUUUAUAAUAAGCUGCUCUCUGUGCUGGGUAUUUUGUGCUCUGUGGCAAUUUAAUGCUGGUUUAUUUGUUAACUUGUCUCUGUAAUAAAAAGAGUUCUCUAUAUUGAUACACUUUAUUUCCUUUGCAACAAGCCAAAAAGCCCAUUGCUGGUGCCUUUCUCCUGGGGAGGACUCCCAGCCCACAGCUGUGCUCGCAGCAGCAGUAACUGAACACAAUGUCUUUGCAAUUGCUUGCUUCACCAUUGCUGAGUAAAGUCCUGGAGUAAACUCCAUGGGAUAACCAAAAGGAGUGGGGACUCACAGACACGUCUCAGUUCCACUGCUGGUUCACUACCUGCUGGAUGCUGAGGCAGAGCUGAGCUUGGGGCUCCUGCACGGCACUGCAGUACCUCCAUCCAUCCCAUCCCACUGUGACUGCUGCAGAGUGCCAACCUCCGCCCACCGCAAUGCCUGCAGCUCCGUUGGAGCACACAUUUCGUUCUGCGAGGGGUGUAACUUCACUGCACCACUGCUGCCUUUUCUAUCACUUAGCCCAAAUUAAUGGUCUUUGAGGUCAAAUUCUGCCUCUAGAAGAAGACAUCAGUUGGACUGUUGCCACCAUUUUCACCUUCUUUGUUGUUUUUCUUGAUUGGAACUAUGAUCUGCCCCAAACACAUUGAAGAGAGACCCACAGCACACUGCCAUUGGGACCGGGCAGCGCUGACACUGCACUGCUGGGAGAUGCAGUGCAGGAUGUGACCCCAAUACAGACAUCACCGCACUGGGCUGAGUGACAACGUCUGUGUCAGAACCAACCAGAGGAGCCCAUCCAGGCUCGGGACAAAGACAGAACCUGUUAUGCUACACUGGGGGCAAUGAAACACCCAAGCCCACGUCUGGACCCCCAUGAACCCUCAGCCCAUGCUGUGCCCUGGGCAGCCCUCCCUGCUCCACACUCAGCUCUUUUGUAACUUCAGAUCUGUCAUUGUUCAAAGUACAAUAAAGGCAGAAUUUUGCUUGUGGGAGCUCUGCUGUAUGCUGCAUUCGGCUUUCAUUUCAGUUAUGUGCAUGAGAAAUGCUGCUUGGUGUGACAAAUAGUAGGUGUUGAAGAUGCCAAGAAUAAUUGGGUAAUUUCUAAAUGGAUGAGGCUUUGUGUUGGGUAACUCACAGAGGCUGUUUUUCACAGUCAGAUUUUUGCUAUUAAUUAUCUGAGCUGUUAUUUGUUCUACCCAUAAGCUGACUGAUCUCUUCAUAUACGUCUCUUAGGGCCUUUUAAAAGUAAAUUUUGAUUAAUGUUAUUUCUUGAAACGAGGCGCUAAUAAAGCCCCAUGUCCUCCUC